AUGGCUCCAUCCUUGGAAGAACCGAUUGCUCACUCAGCUUCUGGAAUUGUUGUUCCUACAAAGGAUGUCGCUGAUGGAAACAAAUUCGGAUAUACUCCUGGACGGACAGCCGUGGAAGACCACACCAACUAUAAACAUGCCGAUUUUCUACCUUCAUUCCCAGACCUUCACUGGCCUGCUCUAGAAGAGAUUCCCUAUGAAGACCGGGGCCUCAAGGGAGACCCACAAUUCCGAAACUUGCUGCAAGGCGCUACAACAGUUUUCGACUAUAAUUCUAAGAUUGGCACAGAGAUUCAUGGUGUGGAUCUUUCAAAUCUCACAGAUGCUCAAAAAGAUGAUCUUGCCCGUUUGAUUGCAUACCGCGGUGUGGUCUUUUUCCGAGACCAAAAGAAUUUCGACAUUGAAGCCCAGAGAAACUUGGGACGCUACUUUGGAAAGCUCCACAAACAUGCAACCACCGCCGUUCCUCAAAAGGCCGGCUAUGAAGAUGUGCACGUUGUGUACGCCGCAGACAAUGCAGGUGAUAACCGUGCUUUGUUUAGUCCUAGCUUCUUGUGGCAUUCAGAUGUUACUUAUGAAUUACAACCUCCAUCUUAUACAUCUCUCAAAUUGCUCACCGGUCCUCCUCGGGGAGGUGGUGGCGACACUCUCUGGUCAUCACAAUAUGCCGCAUAUGAUGUCCUAUCGCCAUUCAUGCAAACCUAUCUGAAGAGCUUGACAGCUCUGCAUUCAGCAGAUAUGCAAGCUGGUGACUCGCGAGCUCUCGGUCGACCAGUCCGCCGGGAUCCCGUCACCACUGAGCACCCUCUUAUCCGUACAAACCCUGUCACAGGCUGGAACGGACUAUUCUACAACCCAGGCUUUGUUACCAAAAUCAUCGGUGUUCCCAAGGCUGAAAGCGACGCUAUUCUCAAGUACUUGACCGAUGUAGUUGCCACAACUCCAGAGUUCCAUGCUCGAUUCCAGUGGAACAAGGAUGAUGUUGCGUUCUGGGAUAACCGGUCAACGAACCACUCUGCCUCUUAUGGUUUCAAUCCUCAUCGUCGACAUGCAGUGCGAGUUUCAAGCCAUGCUGAGCGGCCUGUGUUGGAGGAAACAGGAAAAUCACAGGAAGAAGAUUUGAAUGCAUUGUAUGGUCUGCCGGUUGUCAAUAAGGAUGGCUCACGACAGUCGAACUACAAUGAUUAG